GCGGCGGGUGAGACCCGGAGCCAAGCGGCGGGCCGGGUGGGUAGGGCCCGGCGCGGGCCGGCCGCCAGUCUCAGCUCGGUCGGAGGCCAGACUCGGCCUCGGCGCCGAGGGCAGCAUGAAGUGUCUGGUCACGGGCGGCAACGUGAAGGUGCUCGGCAAGGCCGUCCAUUCCCUGUCCCGCAUCGGGGACGAGCUCUACCUGGAGCCCCUGGAAGACGGGCUCUCUCUCCGGACGGUGAACUCCUCUCGCUCUGCCUAUGCCUGCUUCCUCUUUGCCCCCCUCUUCUUCCAGCAGUACCAGGCGGCCGCCCCUGGUCAGGAAGCCCUGCGCUGUAAGAUCUUGAUGAAGUCGUUCCUGGCCGUCUUCCGCUCACUGGCGACGGUGGAGAGGAGCGUGGAGAAAUGCUGCAUCUCACUGGGUGGCAGGAGCAGCCGCCUGGUGGUCCAGCUGCACUGCAAAUACGGGGUGAGGAAGACUCACAACCUGUCCUUCCAGGACUGCGAGUCCCUGCAGGCCGUCUUUGACCCAGCCUUGUGCUCGAAUGUGCUCCGUGCCCCAGCACGGGUCCUGGGGGAGGCUGUUCUGCCCUUCCCCCCGGCGCUGGCAGAAGUGACACUGGGCAUUGGCUGUGGCCGCAGGGUCAUCCUGCGCAGCUACCAGGAGGAGGAGGAGGCAGGUCCCUCCUGUUCCUGCCUCCACAGACAGCACCGUCAAAGCCAUGGUGACCGAGAUGAGCAUCGGGCAGGAGGAUUUCCAGCAGUUGCAGGCCCAGGAAGGGGUGGCCAUCACUUUCUGCCUCAAGGAAUUCCGGGGACUCCUGAGCUUUGCGGAAUCCGCAAACUUGUCUCUCAGCGUUUACUUCGAUGCACCAGGCCAGCCAUCUUUGCCGUCAGUGACUCUCUGCUGGAUGGACACUUUGUCCUGGCCACGCUGUCGGAGUCGGACCUGCACUCCCCAGCCCUGUGCUCCCCAGAGCUCCGCAGGCUGGCGCCUCCACUCCAGGCUCACAGCACACCCCACCUGGAUGACUUUGCCAACGAUGACAUCGACUCUUACAUGAUUGCCAUGGAAACCACUGCGGACAGCGAGGGCUCCCGGGCGGUACCCUCCAUCUCCCUUUUUCCCGGCCUCCGGCCCCCCUGUAGCCCUGGCCCCUACUCAGAGGACAAUGAAGCUGAGGCCGGUACACAGCCUGGGACUCCCCCACCCAAGAAGUUCCGCUCGCUGUUCUUUGGCUCCAUCCUUGCCCCUGCACACUCCCCUCCGGGCCCCAGCCCUGUGCUGGCUGAAGAUAGUGAGGGUGAAGGCUGAACUGAGAACAAGCCUGUGUCCAGAGGCUCUGGACUAGAUGAAGCCACAGCCUCCCCCUUCCCCCAGGGGCAGCCCAGGGAUAGGGCUGAUCUCCACCCUGCUGGGUGGUCAAGGUGGGCUGUGCUGGAGCUGAGCGCUGGUCCUGCUGCCACCCCAGGUCCCUUGUGGCUAUCUGUGACUAGCCUGGGUCCUAUGUUCUCUCAUCAACUCCCAACCAAUCAUGUCUGUCCCCAGGCUUGGCAAUGAGCCACCACCUGAUGGGAGGUCCCUCACCUAUUAUUCCCCUCCCAGUAGGCCUUUAGGCCAGACUCCAACCAUGUGGCUAGGGCUGGACACCUGCCUUCCCCAAGCGUACCUCCCUAAGACAGAAAUCACAGAGGGGCUGUUGGCCCCUGCUGGUCUACCUUCUUUGCCAAUCAUGACCUGUCCCUCCCCCAAAUCCUGGGCACACCUCUGGGAUCCCUUGUGGCCCGCAAACUUUUUCUUGCUUUCUCUAUGCUGUCUGGCCCUGGCUUGGGAUUCUAAGCCCCUGUGUACCUGAGCCUGUGGCUGGGAUUACCCUGGCUGGGGCCCCAUGCCCAGCAAGCCUAUCCUCCCAAGUGGCCCUAGACAGAAGGGCUGCCAGGCCCAGUAUUUGGGACAAGGGAGACGGAGGCCAUGGCGAGAAUCCAGCUUUGACCUUUAUUCAAGAGACCAGAUGGGUCGCCCCAGGAUCUGUCUGCCAGCCCUGAGGCCAAGCAAGGCUGGAAACCCACAUCUGGCCCUGCUUUGCCCUGAGCUGCAGCCUCGGCCCCAGGAUCCUGCUUGCGACCACUGCAGGUGCAGGCGGAAGGAGCCCUGGGGGACUGGACGCUGCUAUUGAUUCAUUAAAAAAAAAAGAAAAACACA